AAAUACGUUUUUAUAGAAUUUGAGUCAUUUUGCAAUUUUGAUAAAUAAAAAAAAAUUGUCGGAGAUAAUCGAUCAUUCACAAGAGGAAAAUGGUCGCCACGAACUCCGGAGAAUACGAUCGUGCGAGUGAGCUUAAAGCCUUUGACGAGACGAAAGCAGGCGUGAAAGGGCUCGUGGACACUGCAAUCACAGAGAUUCCUCGAAUAUUCCAUCUCCCUCCAGGUACCUUGGACGACAAGAAACCAUCUCCUGCACCAAACCCUAAUCUCGCAAUCCCUACCAUAGACCUUGAAGGCGUCGACAAGGACGUGACUUUGCGUAAGAGCGUCGUCGAUAAGGUUAGACAUGCGGCGGAGAAAUGGGGAUUCUUCCAAGUGGUCAACCAUGGUGUUCCUUUUAGGGUUCUUGAAGAGAUGAAAGAUGGAGUUCGCAGGUUUCACGAAGACGGUGAAUCGAAGAAGAGAUUCUUUUCUCGGGAUUUCACCAAGAAAGUUGUUUACAACAGUAACUUCGAUCUGUAUAUUUCUCCUUUUGCAAACUGGAGAGACACCUUAGCUUGUUAUAUGUCCCCAGAUCCUCCAAAACCAGAAGAAAUCCCUGAGGCCUGCAGGGACAUUAUAAUCGAAUACUCGAAUCACGUUAUGAACUUGGGGAUCCUUCUUUUGGAACUUCUGUCAGAAGCGCUAGGUUUGAACAGCGACAGCCUUAAAGAAAUGGACUGCGCAAAGGGCUUGAUUACUCUUUGCCAUUACUACCCACCAUGUCCACAACCUGACCUAACUUUGGGCACAAGCAAGCAUUCCGACAACUCUUUCCUCACACUUCUUCUUCAAGACCACAUCGGCGGUCUUCAAGUUCUCCAUCGCGAUUGUUGGGUCGACGUUCCUCCUCUUCCGGGGGCUCUCAUUGUUAACUUUGGAGAUUUUCUUCAGCUCAUAACGAACGAUAAGUUCAUAAGCGUGGAGCAUAGGGUACUAGCGAACCGAGCUGGACCACGAGUGUCGGUAGCAUGUUUCUUCAGCACGAGUGUGCGAACGAGUUCCAGAGUUUACGGACCCAUCAAAGAGCUACUGUCCGAAGAAAACCCUCCAAAGUAUAGAGACGUCACAAUACAAGAGUACUCAAGCAAAUACCUCGAGGAAGGCCUCGAUGGGAAUUCGAAGUUGGACCAUUUCAGGAUAUGAAUGAAAUUUAUAAAAAAAAAUGAUCGGGGUAUAAUUUUGUAACCCUGUGUUUGUUGGAUCAAAUUAAUGUGUUUACUACUCUGUUCUGUCUCUUUGUGACACGCAAAAUGUUGCGUUUGCGUCUACGCAUCUUUCGUUUUUUUCUCUUAAAUGUCCCUUUAAAUAUCUAAGAAGUGUACUCUCACAUCAACUACGCUUUGUAGAAGACAAAACAUAAUGACAACUAGCUUGUCUGGA